AAGGCGAGGAGAAGGGAAAGAAGAAAUGGAGGAGGGGAAAGGGAGAGAAAGUGAAAGCAAAUCGCAGGAUCGGUGAACUCAAGAGUUCUGUUCCGGCGGAAUCUACGAUCACUGUGGAAAUGAGGUUUGUUGGAGAAGUAAUGUGAUGCAGUCUCGAUUCCGAAUUAGAGCUGAGUGAUUGAUGCAACUCAAUGGAGGAAGAAGACGAUAGAAUCUUGUUGAGUAGUUUGGGUGUGACAUCUGCAAAUCCUGAAGAUAUUGAGCGUGACAUAUUAGCCAAGGUGGAAAAUGAUGCACAAGAUAGUAGUGAAGUGGGAGGGAGCACCGAGGAGGAGCCUGUUGACAAGUCAGAUAGUAUUAAUCCAUCAUCUGCCAACCAAGCCAAACUCCUAACUAAGUUGAGAGCUGUAGAGUUUGAAAUAGAUGCUGUUGCCUCCACCAUUGAACAGGCCAAAAAUGCUGCAAAUGAGGAUGACCAUCCUGAUCGAGCUGAUGAUGGUGCUGAGAAAGGGAAUAAACAGGAUGAUAAAAACGUCAGCCGAGUGUCUUCAAGUGAUUUGCUUCAGCAUGCCCUAGCUACUGACAGGCUAAGAAGUCUUAAGAAAACUAGGGCUCAGCUUGAGAAAGAACUGUCAGUUUUGCCCAGUGAUGGCACUCUGAAGGGCAUUGAGCAUGACAAGUUGAUUCAAGACCUGGUGAAGGAAGAACCAAAGAGAAAGUUGAAAGAAAUUCAGAAACCAAACAAAAAUAAAGAAAAGCAGUUCAAAACAGUUAAGCUUGUUGAUGAUGAUGAUUUUGAUGCAGUGUUGGAUGCAGCAUCUGCAGGAUUUGUUGAAACUGAAAGGGAUGAAUUGAUUCGGAAGGGAAUAUUAACUCCGUUUCAUAAGCUCAAGGGUUUUGAACGCCGCCUUCAACAACCUGGGACAUCUAAAGUGGCUGACAUACCUGAAGAUGAGAAUGAUGAUCCUCUCUCUGCAAGUGUUGCCAGAGCUGCAGAAUCAAUAUCAAAGGCUGUAACAGGCCGCCCAACUACCAAGAUACUUGAUUCUGAAGCUUUGCCGAAACUUAGUGGACCCACCUUUCCUUUUCAGAGGCUCAAAGCACCUUUAAAAUAUCACCAAUCGUCAGAUAAAGACAGAGAGGAUGGUAAAUGUUCAAAAAAUAAAAAGAAACGGCCUUUACCUGACAAGAAAUGGAGAAAACUCAUUUCCCGUGAGGAAAAGCAUUGGGAAGAGGAGGAUGAGGAAGAAGAUAAGAGAGAGGGCUCCAUCACUGCCCAUGAUGAGGAAGAAAAACAAGAUGUCAAGGAUUUAGAUGAUGGUAACUCAUAUGUAACACUUGAAGGGGGGCUGAAAAUUCCAGAGAACAUUUUUGACAAACUUUUUGACUAUCAAAAAGUGGGAGUGCAAUGGCUGUGGGAAUUGCAUUGUCAAAGAGCAGGUGGGAUUAUUGGGGAUGAAAUGGGUCUUGGUAAGACUGUGCAGGUCUUAGCUUUCCUGGGAGCAAUGCAUUUCAGUAAUAUGUACAAACCUAGUAUUGUUAUAUGUCCUGUUACACUCUUGCGGCAAUGGAAAAGGGAAGCACGAAGAUGGUACCCGAGAUCUCGUGUGGAGCUACUACAUGAUUCUGCCUGGGAUCCCUCUUAUAGAAACAAGAGAGCAAAAUCAUAUGGAAGUGAUUCUGAAAGUGAAGGUUCGCUUGACAGUGAUUAUGAGGAAAAAGUAUCAUCUAAAAGUGCAAAAAAAUGGGAUUCCUUGAUAAAUCGAGUUCUAAAAUCAAAAUCUGGGUUGCUUAUAACAACCUAUGAGCAACUUAGAUUACUAGGGGGAAAGUUGCUUGAUAUUGAGUGGGGUUAUGCCAUUUUGGAUGAAGGACACCGGAUUCGGAAUCCUAAUGCUGAUAUCACUCUGGUUUGCAAGCAGUUGCAGACAGUUCACCGAGUAAUAAUGACUGGUUCUCCAAUACAAAACAAGCUGACUGAAUUAUGGUCAUUAUUUGAUUUUGUUUUCCCUGGUAAAUUGGGGGUCUUGCCUGUGUUUGAAGCAGAGUUUUCUGUCCCUAUAACUGUUGGAGGAUAUGCCAAUGCUUCACCAUUACAAGUAUCUACAGCAUAUAGGUGUGCAGUUGUGCUACGUGACCUGAUUAUGCCUUAUCUCCUUCGACGCAUGAAAGCUGAUGUGAAUGUCCAACUGCCCCAGAAAACUGAACAUGUCCUCUUCUGCAGCCUUACUACUGAACAAAGAUCUGUCUAUAGAGCAUUUCUUGCUAGCUCAGAUGUAGAACAGAUAUUGGAUGGAAGUAAAAAUUCUCUUUAUGGAAUUGAUGUAAUGCGCAAGAUUUGCAAUCACCCUGAUCUGCUUGAGAGAGAACAUUCCUGCCAGCAUCCAGACUAUGGGAAUCCUGAACGCAGUGGCAAAAUGAAAGUUGUUUCCCAAGUCCUCAAGGUUUGGAAGGAGCAGGGUCACCGUGUUCUCCUGUUUGCUCAAACUCAACAAAUGCUUGAUAUUCUUGAGAGUUUCUUAAAUUCUGGUGAUUAUAGCUAUAGGAGAAUGGAUGGUCUCACCCCCGUAAAGCAGAGAAUGGCCUUAAUUGACGAAUUUAAUAACUCUGAUGAUGUGUUUAUCUUCAUUUUGACAACAAAGGUUGGUGGUUUGGGGACAAAUUUAACUGGUGCUGACCGGGUGAUCAUCUUUGACCCUGAUUGGAACCCAUCGACUGAUAUGCAGGCAAGGGAGCGUGCUUGGCGUAUUGGUCAGAAACGAGAUGUAACUGUGUAUAGACUGAUUACUCGUGGAACUAUUGAGGAGAAAGUGUACCACCGGCAGAUUUACAAGCAUUAUCUAACCAAUAAGGUGCUGAAGAAUCCCAAGCAAAGAAGGCUCUUUAAAGCUCGGGAUAUGAAGGAUCUUUUUACUUUGAAUGAUGAUGAAGAGAGUGGUUCAACCGAAACAUCCAACAUUUUUGGCAAGUUGUCUGAGGAUGUAAACAUUGUUGGUGCUCAGAAAGAUAAGCAGGAUAAGCUCAAACAUCCCAAAAUUGGUGGACGGAGUGCUACUCAUGCUCCAAGUGGAAAAGGAAACUGCUCAAACCUCAGUGGGAAAGGGAAAGAAAAAGCUGAUCCCAGUGAUGGUGAGGUAGAUGAAGAAACAAAUAUUCUCAGAAGUCUUUUUGAUGCCCAGGGUAUACAUAGUGCCAUGAACCAUGAUGCCAUUAUGGAUGCCCAUGAUGAAGAGAAGAUGAAGCUUGAAGAGCAGGCCUCACAAGUGGCACAAAGAGCAGCAGAAGCACUACGGCAGUCACGAAUUCAUAGGAGUCGUGAUAGUGUCUCUGUUCCAACAUGGACUGGAAAAUCAGGAACUGCUGGUGCACCAUCAUUGGUUCGAAAGAAGUUUGGCUCAACCUUGAACACUCAGUUAAUUAAAAGCUCAAAUGAAUCAUCCAGCAAUGGCAUUGCGGCUGGGGCUGCUGCUGGCAAGGCUUUAUCUUCUGCAGAAUUACUGGCUAGAAUUCAAGGAAACCAAGAAAGAGCAGUUGGUGCUGGACUUGAACAUCAGUCUGGGUCAAUUACAAGUUCAGCUAACAGGACGAGAGCUACAACUAAUAGGACUUCCAGGUCAUCUACCAACACAUCUAGUACCCAGCCUGAGGUAUUGAUACGUCAGAUACAUACAUUUAUUCAACAAAGAGGUGGAAGCACUGAUUCAGGCAGCAUCGUUGAGCACUUCAGGGACAGAAUCCCUCCGAAGGAUUUGCCCUUGUUUAAGAAUCUACUCAAGGAGAUCGCCAUACUGGAGAAAGAAAGAAAUAGCUCACGCUGGGUUCUAAAGCCUGAGUAUCAACAGAUGUGAUUUCCUUGAUCUGAGACUUGUCGCCCAACGGCCAAAAUACAAGACUUAUUCUCAGUUUCUUAGUCUGAUGGUUUUUGUAAUAUCAUCUCAAAAAUUUUUCUAGUGGGGUGCAUGCUUUGGGAGCGUCUUCCAUUGUCAAUGGGAGUGGUCUACAUAGGCUGAUGAAAAGAAUCCCCCUUCACAUGCUAGUUCUCAUUUUUGGAACACAUUAUUUGGAUAGAAACCGUGGUUUAACCGUCAAAGUGUACAUAAAGGAAAAAAAAAAUAGAAAACAGCCUUAUGUUUUUAGAUGAGUUUUUGUAGACCAUCGCCAUUAUGGUUGGCUGAAAGAUGGUCAAGAACAAACGAAGAAAAGAUUUCAGUUUUUUACUAAUGCACGUGGCACAUAUCGUUGAUUUUUUGGCGCAUUCCUCUUAAUUUGUUCUUGUUCAUCCGAGUCAUUUUAUACCUUUAAAGGUCACAUUUGGUCCCUCGACUCCAUCCCAUUUCAUUCGCAC